GUUUAUGGUUUGGGACACCCAGAGUAGUUUUUUCCACAUCACAGGUAGCUUCAGCGCUACCUGAAAGGUUAUCACAGGCCUUCUCUCAUUCUCUCUCUCCCCAUGUAAGAAACUCGUUGCUUCUCCAUAAAUACUAAUACUCACUCUCUUUCUCUCUCUAUCUAUAUUCAGUGUGAAUAAGAUAUAGAGAGAGAAGGAGAGAUGGAGGUGCGAAUGAGGCUAUGGGAAGUAAUACCAUUUUCAGUGAUGGUGUUGAUGGAAGGUUGCACAGUGGGGCUGACAAUUAUGACCAAGACAGUGAUGGCGAAGGGGAUGAGCCAAUUCGUCUUCGUGGUUUAUUCCAAUGCUCUUUCCUCUAUCAUUCUCCUUCCUUAUUCCCUCAUGUUUCGAAGGACGCAGCAGUCCUUCUUCACCUUCCCUCUCCUCACUAGAUUUUUCUUCCUCGGGCUUACAGGGAUAACCAUAGCUCAGAUUUUUGCCUUCACUGGCCUAAGCUACAGCUCACCCAUUCUUGCAUGUGGAAUGGGCAACUUGAUCCCUGCAUUUUCUUUUGUGCUUGCUAUUAUUCUCAGGACAACAAAGCUGGAUUGGAGAGUAACAAGUGGCCAAGCCAAAAUCAUUGGUACCUUUAUAUCCAUCAGUGGAGGAACUCUAAUGAUUCUUUACAAGGGUCCACUUGUCAGGAAAACAGCAUUUUCUGCACCUUUCCAUCAUCUCGAACUCAUUCCUCGACAUUUCAUCUUCUCCUCAACACCAGAAUACUGGGCUCUUGGAGGCAUUGUGCUUGCAGUCGCUUCUUUAUCUGCUUCAGUAUGGGGCAUAAUCCAGGUGGGCACUGUCAAACAAUAUCCAGAACCGAUAACCAUAGCCGCUUUAUAUACUUCAAUGGGGACAAUCCAAAGUGCAAUUGUGGCUUUUGUUGCAGAGAGAAAUCUAAGUGCUUGGAAGUUGGAGCUCAACAUGGAGCUCCUUCUCAUUUUUCUAUCAGCAAUUUUUGGGAGUGCAAUUCGUUGCAGUGUUCAUAUAUGGUGCAUGCACAACAAGGGCCCUUUUUAUGUGCCCAUGUUCAAGCCAUUCGGGAUUAUCAUUGCAUCUAUUGCUAGUGUAAUCUUCUUUGGAGACAGUCUUCAUUAUGGAAGUGUCAUAGGAGCAUACAUAAUUGGAAUAGGGUAUUAUACUCUGAUGUGGGGACAAAUCAGAGAAGAUGACAUGAAGGCAGGCUGUGAAGGCAUCGAUUCUUCUGAGCAGAAGGUCCCUCUAUUGCAAGAAGAGGAGCAAGUAUAGAAUCUUACUGGCUGCUAUCAGAAACUUAGGAGACAAAGGUUUCCUGAAUUAGAAGCUUUCACAACCAGAGAUUGGAGGCAGAUUCAUUGUGCUUUGCAAAUUGGUUGUGGGAAAACAUGUAUUUUGUGUUAAUAGAUUGGGAACAGGACUUGCUGUAUAUAUUUGCAUUCAAAGAGGUAGGGUUUUGGGGUUGUGUUUGUAUUAUAUCAGAGAUAGAGAGAAUGUAAUUAAACUGUACUUGCAACAGUUUUUUUCAAUGCAAGGAGACUCCUUUGAUUUUCCUUUC